UGAAAAUAAGACAAGGUCAAAAACUUUUCAGACGUCAAGUUUGUUUAUGUCUUUUAGAGGAAAAGGAAACUGGAAAAGUCAUCAUUUAAUGCUGAAUUGUGUUUUUCUUUAUAUUCAUGUAAUGAUGACCAUGUAGAUUAAUCUUAAAUAGCAAAUAGGACUAAAUUCUUGUAACUGUGUCUCAAGUUAUACAUAUUUUUAAGCAAUGUCCGAUCCUCCAAGUGCGCAGACGCGCCGUUCAGCUGGGGAUUUAAAGAAAACUCCCCCGUCUUCUGUUGUAACAAGAAAUGGUGCAAGAAAAGCGAAAAUUCAGACACGUGCUAUGUCUGCAGGUGUUAAACCUUCAGCUUCAGUGCUAGCUGCCAAGAAAAAGGCCCAACAGAAGAAAAAGCAAGCUGUUGAUACAAUAUUGCGGGAUCCUUAUCAAAUUGCAAUGGAGUCGAAAUUGAAAAUAAAAGGCCCAACUGGAUUUGUUACUGAGCCUCGCAUGGCAGAGCACAGAUGUCUGUGGGAUGAUAAAUAUCCGGAAUGCCCCGAACGGCUGAUUAGUGUCAUUGACAGGUGCAAAGAGUUAAAUUUAAUAGAGCAAUGUAAAGUAUUAACACCAAGGGCAGCUACAAGAGAGGAAAUAGAAACAUUACACUCUCCGGCAGUUAUUGACAUGUUAGAAACCACACAUCAGAACAAUGAUGUUGCUUAUUUAGAAGACCUGUCUUCGAAAUACGAUGCCAUAUAUAUUCAUCCUAGCACCCAUGAGCUGGCUCUGAUAGCGGCAGGCUCCACGCUGGAGCUGGUGUCGCGCGUGGUAUCGGGCGAGCUGCAGAACGGAGCCGCCUUCGUGCGGCCGCCCGGACACCACGCCAUGCGCGCGGAGCCCUGCGGGUACUGCUUCUACAACAACGUGGCGCUGGCCGCCCGCCACGCGUUGCAGCAGGGAGUGGAACGGAUAUUAAUCAUAGAUUGGGAUGUGCAUCACGGUCAGGCGACACAGCAAAUGUUUUAUGAUGAUCCUAGGGUGGUAUACUUCUCGAUCCACCGCUACGAGCACGGCUCGUUCUGGCCCAACCUGCGGCAGUCCGACUUCCACUACACGGGCAGCGGCGCGGGCGAGGGGUACAACUUCAACGUGCCGCUCAACUGCACCGGGAUGAAGGACGCCGACUACUUGGCGAUAUGGCACCAGCUCCUACUGCCCAUGGCACUCGAGUUCCAACCGGAGCUGGUGCUGAUAUCGGCGGGCUACGACGCCGCUAUCGGCUGCCCAGAGGGCGAGAUGGAGGUGACGCCGGCGUGCUACGCGUGGCUGACGCAGCAGGUGUCGUGCGUGUGCGCGCGCGUGUGCGUGGUGCUGGAGGGCGGCUACUGCCCCGCCUCGCUGGCCGAGGGCGCCGCGCUCACGCUGCGCGCGCUGCUCGCGCUGCCCGCGCCCGUCGCGCCCCUCGCGCCCCUCGCACCCCUCUCCCCCGCCGCCGCGCCCUGCGACCAGAUAAGAGAAUCGAUCCUGAAUUGCAUCUACGCCCACAAGAAGCAUUGGCGGUGCUUCAACUACCAGCCCACCUACAGCACGGGCCCCACGCUCAACGUGUUCGACGUACAGAAAAUUAAGCACACGGUCCGGGUGCGAUGGGAGGGCGACGAGACCAGACCGGAGCGCUUCGCCACGAGGGACUGCUACCCGCUGCAGGACGACCGCACCAAGCGAGAGAUACAGGAACGACUGAACCAUUUGCGAUUGGUUACGGAACUGAGUCCACUGAAACCUGUAUGUUACAUCUACGACCAAGCCAUGUUGAAACACAAGAAUAUUUGUGAACCAGGUCACGUUGAGUGUCCUGAGCGGAUAAUGCGUAUUCAUGAGAGACUUCGGGACUUUGGUCUCUUAGAGAGGUUGCAUCGAUUAGAGGCCAGACCCGCUACUGACGAAGAGAUCCUGGCUGUCCACACGCGCAAACAUUUGGACAGGUUAAAAGAAUUAUCACGUACCAAGUUAAGAGAUCUAAACAGUCAGAAGGACGCUUACGACUCCGUAUACUUCCACCCGGACACGUUCGAGAGUGCAAGCGUAGCGUCGGGUUGCGUGGUGCAGAUGGUGGAGGCGGCGGCGGGCGGGCGCGCGGCGCGCGGCGCGUGCGCGGUGCGGCCGCCCGGCCACCACGCCGACGCCGACAGCCCGAGCGGGUUCUGCGUGCUCAACAACGCGGCCGUGGGCGCCGUGCACGCCGUGCGCGCGCUGGGCCUGCGCCGCGUGCUGCUCCUGGACUGGGACGUGCACCACGGGAACGGCACGCAGAGCCUCACCUACGCCGAGCCCGAGAUCUUGUAUAUAUCUAUUCACCGGUACGACAACGGCACUUUCUUCCCGAACUCCAAAGACGCGGACUACAUGGCGGUGGGGGAGGGCCGCGGGGAGGGGUUCAAUGUUAACAUACCUUGGAAUAAGCGCGGAAUGGGUGAUGUAGAAUACAUGGCAGCGUUCACUCAAGUAGUUUUGCCGAUCGCAUACGAGUACAAUCCGGAGCUUGUUAUAGUUUCGGCCGGUUUCGACGCCUGUGUGGGCGACCCGCUGGGAGGCUGCAAGGUAACGCCGGAAUGUUUCGGGCGAAUGACCCAAUUCCUGACUGGGCUGGCGGGCGGGCGCGUCGUGUUGUGCCUGGAGGGAGGCUACAACGUCACUAGCACGGCUUAUGCCAUGGCUAUGUGCACCAAAGCUCUACUCGGUGACCCUAUACUACACCAUUACGACCCCAAACCUGUCUGCCAUUGGUCUGCCGUAGAAUCUAUAAACAACGUAAUCAGAGUACAAAAGAAAUACUGGAAAAGUCUCAAGUUCCAACUCGCCCUACCCAUAGAAGACGUGAUCGAAAAACCAGUGCCAUCUAGAGGAUUAAUUGUUAAUGAAGAAGCUUCCUCGUCUAAUCUAAUUAAUAAGAAUCAAAUAGAACACAGUAUAUCAUCUGUUGAAAAUAGUAUGACGAAUUUGAACAUAGAGAAUAAAUGCCCUGAUGGUAUCCACUGUGGUACCGAUGAUGAAGAUGAAAUGGAGUCUAAGUCAAACUCUUCGAAAUCGAAUGAAAACAAAACCGAGAGUACUAGCAAUGAAAACAACACGCCAGCAACUUUAGUCGACUUCUUAGCAGAAAAUAUGCAAGCAAUAGUUGACGAAGAAAUGUUUGCAGUGGUACCAUUGCAGUGGUGUCCACAUUUAGAAUCACUUUACGCGAUCCCUGCUGACGUUAAGUUUGAACAAGGAGUGAAAUGUGUUAGUUGUGAUCACACGGAUGAGAACUGGGUGUGCUUGCAUUGUUAUAUUACCGCGUGCGGGCGCCACGUGGGCGGCCACAUGCAGGCGCACUACCGCUCGGCGCAGCACGCACUGGCGCUGUCCCUGCGCGACCUGUCCGUGUGGUGCAGCGCGUGCGACGCCUACGUCGACAACGCGCUGCUCUACGACGCCAAGAACAACGCUCACCGCUGCAAGUUCCAGGAAGACAUGCCAUGGUGUUAUCCCACCGAUACUAUUCAUAUGCAAUAAAGUUCAUUAUACUCACUCGUUCUACUGCCAAGGGACUUGGACAUGUAACUUGUUUUCAACGACAGACGCACACACAUGAGACUAUCUUGGAUAACAUGGUUAGACGCAUAGGCGGUGUAAUAACUGGUUGAAUGGUGAAUACUUACCACCAAGUAGACCGUUUGCUCGUCAAACUUUUAAAAAAAGGCAUUAUUUUAGGUCUGGAUAGUAUUGACUACCCACCGGCUAUGGAAGCAAUUUAAAUGUUACCACCUACUACAGUAGGUAUUCUGAGCAAGUAUAAUCAGCAGUCACAUAUUGUUUAUCUAUUACAGGUUAAAGUAUUAUCAAAUGAUUUAAAAAAAUAACAAUUAGCGUCAUAUAUUCCAACUUAAGUCUCACAAAAAGCUAAUUUUCAAUAUAAGUUGAAAACCUCGAAGUAAUGAUCAUUAAAUGUCUCUUUUGUUCAUUUACCAUUGAAAAAUAACUAAAAAUUGUAAAAUGAUUAAAUAAUUUACUAAAAAAUUGUAUUAUGUAACUAUUGACAUUCAAUUAUUUUUACUAUACUUGCUCAAUCACAUAAUUUGUUGUUUUUUUUUAAUAAACUUUGUAAAAUGUGAAUAUAUAUAUAUAUUCAUACAGACGAAAACAAAAAAUAAUGUUUCCAAAUGAAAAAAUAAUAACUGGAAAAUCUUGUUCAAUAUUGAUUUACAAUAAACUCAGUAUAUUCACUAUCUAAUGAUGACUUUAAAAUAUUAAAUUAUUUAUCAAUAUUUUAUUUUGUAUUAAUUGUACUAUAAAUAUGUACAAAGUUAUAUGUUUUUACAUAAUUAUUGUAUAAAUAUUUAAAAUAUUCUUCUAUAAAAUUAUUGUCUUAAUCAAUUCAAUGAAUUGUAAAUAGUUUUUGUUGUGAAUUGAGUCUACUUGGUAAAUGGUAUAUAAGUUAUAUACUAUUUUACAUCAGAUUUGCACAACAUUGCACUGAAUUAACAUGCAAAUUUGUAGAAUAAAAAUGUUUUCUGCAUCUUUAUCAUAUAAAUUGCUGAAAAAUGGAGGAUGAAUGAAAUGAAUUAUGAAAACACUCAAAUAUGUAUCAGUAUUAGUUAUUAAUGCAUCAUUCAUGCUCCAAAACAUGUAAUGGGCAUUCAGCCUGAAUGAGAUAGGAACAAUUUUGAUUCUUAGAAUAACUUAAAAAGUAUGUAUCAAAGUGUUUGUAGUAUUGUAUUGUAAUUUUCAGACUAUAUUGUCUACAAACAUAUUUGUCUGUAUGUAGCUGUAGGACAAUUCUAUACCGGUUCUUAACUUUUUGUAUUAUACAAUGUAGUAGCAAUUUCAUGUUGUGUUAAUCAACUAACGAAAAUAUCUUAAAAUGUAACGUAUAGCGCAUUCACAUGGUUUGAUUUUAAUUAAUUUGAUUUUUAACUUUUGUUUAUCAACAAAAAAAUUAAAACAAGUGACAAGAAAACAAAAAAAAAAUAAAAGAUGCAGCAAAAGUUUUAAGAUGGCAAUAUUUUACGUAAUUCGUUUUUUGGACUUCAAAUUUA